UACCUGUCUCCUACUCAACUCAUUCUCUCCAAAAAGUGAACCUUUCCCCCCUCUCACACUCUUCUCUCUCCCUCUUCUUCUUCCUCUGAGAGAGAAGAAAGAAAGAACAACCCACAAACAAAGAAAACCCUAAACCCUUCAAACCCUUCAAACCUUUCCACAUUCUACCACCCACCUUGUUUCCAUGAGAAUGCAGCAGCAGCAGAGCACACUGUUGUUCCUGGUGGUGCUACUCUUCCACUCUCUAACAACCACAACCUGCAAAUCCACCAUCGAGCCAUGCACAAACUCAGACUCAUGCAACGCGCUUCUCGGCUACACUCUCUACACCGACCUCAAAGUCUCCGAAGUCGCUUCCCUCUUCGGAAUCGACCCAAUCUCUCUCCUCACCGCCAACGCCAUUGACAUCUCUUACCCCGACGCCGAACACCACAUUCUCCCUCCCAAGCUCUUCCUCAAAAUCCCCAUUUCCUGUUCCUGCGUUGACGGGAUUCGCAAAUCGGUGUCCACCAGCUACAAGACGCGUCCUUCUGAUACCCUUUCUUCGAUUGCUGACUCUGUCUAUGGUGGGUUGGUCUCUGCUGACCAGCUUAGAGAAGCGAACUCUAUCACUGACCCUUCUGUGCUUGAUGUGGGUCAGAGCCUUGUGGUGCCUCUUCCUUGUACUUGCUUCAAUGGCUCUGAUAACUCUCUGCCUGCUAUUUACCUCUCAUAUGUGGUUCAGCCUGUUGAUAGUUUGGCUGCAAUUGCUGCAAGGUAUUUGACUACUCUCACUGAUUUGAUGAAUGUUAAUGCAAUGGGGAGCACAGCUAUUUCUGAUGGUGAUAUCCUUGCUGUUCCAAUACCGGCUUGUGCUUCGAAUUUUCCAAAAUCUGCUUCUGAUUUCGGCUUGCUUGUCCCUAAUGGAAGUUAUGCUAUCACAGCAGGCCACUGUGUGCAAUGUAGUUGUGGACCACGAAACCUCAAUUUGUAUUGUAUGCCAACUUCUUUGUCUGCUUCUUGCUCUAGCAUGCAAUGUAAAAACAGCAAUCUUAUGCUCGGGAAUGUGACAGCGCAACAGAGUAGUGCUGGUUGCAAUGUUUCUUCUUGCAGUUAUGACGGUCUUGUUAAUGGCACCAUAGCAACAACGUUGUCGGCAUCUCUUCAGCCUCGAUGUCCAGGGCUGCAGGAAUUCCCUCCUCUAGUUGCUCCACCUACAUCUGUUGAGAAGGACCCUACGUUUGCAUCCGGACCAGCACCAUCACCGCAGUCGCAUGGAUCUGGUCUACCGUCACCAAAAUCCUCAGGCAUGCCUGGGCUUCCAGGAUUCUCUCCUGCAAACGGCCCCGUUAGUGGGAUCUCUUCCGGUGCUUCUGCUGCAUGCUCUUUGGUGAAGCCAUCACCAACUUUGACGUCUGCUCUCGUGUUAUUACUUGCCAUGUUGGUGAUCCCUGUGGCACUGUAAUCUUCUCAUUUUUGUGGUGGGUUUAGUUCUAUCCUGUUACUUUGUCACUGGAGCUCUUGUCUGUUGUAGUUACUAAUUCAUUUGUACUCUUUAACUGAUUGUGAAUCUGGAACACUUGCAUUUUGGGUUUAAUGACACGCCCAGCCCUUUUAUUUUUAGUGCUUUGCUGAACUAUCUUCUUCAUCCGGGGUCAGUAAUUCUAGGUAUAUAAUCUUGUUAUCAACCAUUGUAGAUGAUGGUGACACCACUGACAGUGAGUACACUUGAAAUCUUGUAUUCUUGUGUGUUUGUUAAUCGUGUUUUACUAUUUUCUCUUUUUCCU